AUGCAAUUAACAACCAAGCACCAUUCCAGUUCGCCUACUUCGGAUGAAAUAAACCAAGCUGAUCUGCCUGGCGCGGACGCUAACCCUGAUCCGAGUUCCCCAUUGGCAUUUCCAUUCACACGUCUUGGUCUGGCUGAAUCAAGCCAUCCUAACAACAUAAGCUCUGGCUCUGCUGGAUCUGGAAGUGUUGGCUUUGGAGCUGGUGACUCCGGUGGACAUGGCACUCUUCAGCAAAAACAGCAACAGCAUUUGCAUAACUUUAUGCCACCACCGGGACUUCUUCUAGCCGAGCCACACAUGCGUAAGCGCUUGGGUGUCUCUGGCGAACCCACGAUGUUGCGCAGCGUGGGGGUUGAGCUCAAAUAUCAUGAAAAGGAUGCCACGUAA